AUGGGUAAGCGACCUCAGCAGGCGCAGAUGCGACCAGUAUGUAGGCAGUAUGGAAAGGAGCAUGGAGGUAGACCUUGUCAGCUUACAGGCAUUAUCUGUUUUUCUUGUGGUCAGCCUGGACAUAUGGCUAAGGACUGUCCGAAGAAGCCAGUACAAGGAAUAUAUAGGCCGCGACAGCAAGGACGUGUGUUUGCUAUGACUGCUGAUGACGCAAUGAAAUCAGACUCCCUAAUCCAAGGUCAGUGUUAUGUCAAAUCUCGACUCUUAACUGUACUGUAUGACUCUGGUGCAUCACAUUCAUUUAUUUCUGAGAUUGUUGCGCAUGAGUUGGGAUUAGAUUUCACCAUGUUAGAUUAUAAUCUAAUUGUUCGUACACCCACAUCUCAAAAUGCCUUCGCUAGUCAAGUAUGUCAACAGGUGCCUUUUGUUAUUGAGGCUAGGACUUUUAUACAUGACCUGGUUUAG